CACUUUUCCGUACCAAACCGCCCCUUUGUCCUCAAAUCCAAACCCAAACCCAAACCCAAUUGACCUUCGUCUCCCUCUCUCCUCCUCAAAUCUCAUUUCAUUCUUCAUUCAUAAACCCCAAUUUUCAAUUUUUACCAAUCCCAAACUUCGCAAUUCACAAUUCACACUCCAUCACUGUCUCACUCUCUCUCCUCCCCAAAAUAAUCAAACCCCUUUUCUUCAUCAUCUUCUUCAUCAAUGGAUCUCCUUCGAAGCUACUCCAAUGGCGCCGAAGAAGACGACGACGACGAACAACCCCAAGUCCAACCCCACCAAACCAACCACCCAGAAACCCAACAAAUUGACAAACAAGACGAAGACGAAGACGAAGAAGAAACCUCAAUCAUCUCUCUCCCAUCAAAAUCCGCAGCCCCUAAAGUAGAUGACACUGCACUCUCUCUCCUCUCCACCUCCUCCGCCGUCUCCUCCGCCGCAAAACCCUUAGACCCAACUCAACAUUUGGUCUCCUACAAUCCCACUUACGAUCAACUGUGGGCCCCCAUCUAUGGCCCUGCUCAUCCCUACGCUAAAGACGGUCUUGCUCAAGGUUUGCGCAAUCACAAAUUAGGGUUUGUUGAAAAUGCCGCCAUUGAUUCCUUCGUGUUUGAUGAACAGUAUAACACUUUUCAUAAGUAUGGUUAUGCUGCUGAUCCUUCUGCUUCCGCUGUUAAUAAUUAUGUGGGUGAUUUCGACGCUUUGGAGAAGAAUCGGGCGAUUUCUGUGUAUAAUAUUCCUCAGAGUGAGCAGAAACGACGGCGUUUAGAGAAGAAGAGAGAGAAUGAGGAGGAAGAUGAGGUUGUUGAUAAGGCGGAGGUUGAGAAUCCGGCUUCGGAUUCGUGGUUGGUGAAGAAUAAGACGAGCCCGUGGGCCGGGAAGAAGGAGGGGUUGCCGACGGAGUUGACAGAAGAGCAGAAGAAGUAUGCUGAGGAGUAUGCUAAGAAGAAGGCUGAAGAAAGAGGGGAGAAAGUUGAGAAAGGUGAAGUUGUUGUUGAUAAGACUACUUUCCAUGGAAAGGAGGAGAAAGAUUAUCAAGGAAGGCCGUGGAUUUCGCCUCCGAAAGAUGUUAAGGCGACGAAUGAUCAUUGUUAUAUCCCGAAACGAUGUGUGCAUACUUGGAGUGGGCAUACUAAGGGUGUUUCUGCAAUUAGAUUUUUCCCAAAGUAUGGACAUUUGAUUCUGUCAGCUGGGAUGGAUACUAAGGUUAAGAUUUGGGAUGUUUUUGGUUCGGGGAAAUGUAUGAGGACUUAUAUGGGGCACUCGAAGGCGGUCCGGGAUAUCUGUUUUACCAAUGAUGGGACAAAGUUUUUGAGUGCUGGGUAUGAUAAGAAUAUCAAGUUAUGGGAUACUGAGACUGGUCAGGUGAUCUCUACUUUCUCUACUGGGAAAGUUCCUUAUGUUGUUAAGCUUAAUCCUGAUGAUGAUAAACAGAAUGUGCUUUUAGCUGGUAUGAGUGAUAAGAAAAUUGUGCAAUGGGAUAUGAAUACUGGUGAAAUUACUCAAGAGUAUGAUCAGCAUUUAGGGGCGGUUAAUACGAUCACAUUUGUUGAUAAUAAUAGGAGGUUUGUCACCUCCAGUGAUGAUAAGUCUCUUAGGGUGUGGGAGUAUGGAAUUCCUGUUGUGAUUAAGUAUAUUAGUGAGCCUCAUAUGCAUUCGAUGCCGGCUAUAUCUGUGCACCCUAAUACCAAUUGGCUGGCUGCCCAGAGUUUGGAUAAUCAGAUUUUGAUAUAUAGCACUAGGGAGAGGUUCCAGCUUAAUAAGAAGAAGAGAUUUGCAGGACAUAUUGUUGCCGGGUAUGCUUGUCAGGUUAAUUUCUCGCCUGAUGGUAGGUUUGUCAUGUCGGGAGAUGGUGAGGGUAAGAUGUGGUUUUGGGAUUGGAAGACUUGUAAGGUUUUCAGAACAUUGAAAUGUCACGAGGGAGUUUGUAUUGGAUGCGAGUGGCAUCCCUUGGAGCAAAGCAAAGUGGCAACUUGUGGCUGGGAUGGACUGAUCAAAUAUUGGGACUAGAGACUUUCAGACUGGUACCGCAAAUUUCACUUUGUUGGCUUUCUAGCCACAGCCCUCAGGUCUGCACAGCAAACGGUUUAUCCAAGUUUGAAAAUUGCUGCAUCAGUGUAACUGAGCCUACAAAAGAAUCCGGCACCAAGAGAACAACGUAUUAUCUUGGUUUCACCGUUUAUGCAAUGUAGACUAACCUGAGUACGAAGCACAGUUGAUGUUGUAUAACUCAAGGUUUUGACCCUUUUUGUUUCAUUUUAAUCUGCAAUAGGGAAACGCCCAGUUCAUGUACAAUUGUUUCGAAAAGAAUUUUACAAUAGUUGCUAGAGAAGUAGAAGCUGCUGUUGCUUGAAUAAUCUUUUCUUUAACUGCUGCUCCAACGUUUGCUGUUGUUGGUAUUGUUGCUUCCCUACUUCAUUUUACAUAUUUGCUGUCAGAAAAGAUUUUUAAAAAAAAAUAAUGGGAAAAUGGAAGCUCUUGGAAA